CAAUUUUAUUAACUUUAUUUCCUUAUAAUUUCUUAACUUGGGCAAGAUUUUUUGAAAAUGAAAGCCUUGUAGGUUCAAUAUCUAAUCGUUUGUAAAUUAAUGAUGGACUAAGGACUUCUAUGUUCGCUGAUGCGGAACUGCAGGCUCAGUAAGAUGACAAGAAAGGCGUGAAAAUAAACGAAGUCAGUUUUAUACAAAUUUUCGCUUAAAUCAAGAUCAUUAAGCAUGGAAAACAACGACCAAGAUCAAGAAGAACAAGGAAUGAGAUCCCUCCAUCACCAUUGUGUCUCGCCAGUACGAUUUCAAAACAGAACUGGACGAAAUGUUAAUCUCAUUUGGAUCGACUAUGAAGGCAAACAAGGAAUGUUAGUUGAACUACAGAAAGAGCAGGACCAAAAUCUCAAUACGUAUGUCACACAUCCAUGGCUUGCUGAAGACUCUGAGACUAAAGAGAGACUCCUUUUGAACUUCUCAGAAGUCUUCUUUCCCGUGGAACCUGAAAUCGUAAUAAAUGACUUUCGUCCACGCAGAGCACAAGCAAAGAGAAUUCUGGUGAAAAUCACUACUCCAGUCCACAGAUUGGAGAAAUAUUGUAAGCAAGUUAUAUUGGGGCUGGUUGACAAGGAAAAUAUUAAACAUCUUCCACUUCCACCAAUAAUCAUAAAGAUAUUAUUAGAAAGCUGAUAAAUAUUGAGUAACAUUUUAUUAUAAAGAYAUAAUUAUGAAUGCAUAGUGUAUGUGUUGUAUGUAUGCUUACAAUAUGAGCGGCAGUGUUGUAUUGACUAUACAAUCAUGAGCCAGAGGCCAGACAGACACGAAUAUUGGAAACUACUUGCAAAAUUCAUGAAUGAUUCAURAAUCCUUUGAGAYAUUUUAAAUCAUAUGCUAAUAAAUUAUUAGAUACAACCACUAGUGCUGUAUCAGAACAGUAUACAUCCACUARUGGGUGUAUCUAAUUAGCAUUUUCAUUGUAAGGUUUGUAUCGGGUUUACAUGAUAUUCAUGUGACCUGAUUUCUAAAGCUUAGACCCCAAUUAAUUGAAAGUGGCUGAAUUUUAUAUCCUAAUAUAUCCAUUGUUUUGUAUCAUGAUCAAGCUGGUCAGCUUACAGCUUACGAACAUUUUGAGGAAAAAAAUAUGGAGAUGGAUCCCUUUUUUCUAAUUCUAAUUUUUUUCUCCAUCCUUUCUUGCAAAACACAAUGUACUUCAUAUUAUAUUUUCAAUUUUGUUUAAAAUGUGUUUUACUUAUUUUUUAGUACAUGGGAACAUUGUAAAAAUGUUAUGAUGAUGUAAGUUUGUAAUUUUCUGACCUGCUUACUACCAUUCCAUUGUUCAUUAUUCACACACACACACACACAAACCCAGCUUAGAGUACUCUAUAAUGUAAAAAUGUAAAAAUAUUAGUAUUGUAAAUAUUGUAAAGAAAUUUAAUUAUAGAGGAAUGUAUUUUUUUAAAGUAGCUGUAUAAGAAAUAGAACAAGAAUGAAUGAAGAAAUAAAUAAAUGAA